UUGUCUUCCCCAACUAUUCCCAAGCUGCAGGCAUCGGACUCAUGGUUGUUGCUGAAUGAUGAGGAAGCCUCGUGGGUUGGCUCUCUGACGGCCCUGGGCACGGUAGCAGGGCCCUUCCUGGGCGGCUGGCUCAUGGACCACGUGGGCCGCAGACGCAGCAUCAUACUGUCUGUUGUGAUCAGCCUGGUGGCAUGGCUGGUUCUACUGACAGCAGAAUCUCUAUGGCAGCUGUACGUAGGCAGGGUCAUUGGAGGGAUUGGUGGAGGAAUCGCUUUCUGGUGUGUCCUGUGUAUGUUGCAGAAAUCGCUGAAAGGAGCUCUGGGAUCGAUGUUUGCCUUUUUCCUCGUCGGAGGAUAUCUCAUCGACUUGACUCCUGAAUCUCCUUACUACUUUCUACGAAAAAAUGACUAUGCCAGUGCCUCGGACAGUCUAACUUGGCUGAGAUCUGGCAGAAAAGAAGAGGAAGUGCAGAAAGAAAUAAAUGAAAUCCAGACAGAGGUGCGCUUAUCUAUGGAAGAGAAGGCUCAUCUGUCAGACCUGGUGGCCACAAGAGGCAACCGCAUGGGUCUGUUGCUAGCUUGUGGCAUGGUUGCUGGACAACAGAUCUCUGGUGUCAACGCUACAGAGGUGCGCAUAUCUAUGGAAGAAAAGGCUCAUCUGUCAGACCUGGUGGCCACAAGAGGCAACCGCAUGGGUCUGUUGCUAGCUUGUGGCAUGGUUGCUGGACAACAGAUCUCUGGUACAGAGGUGCGCAGAUCUAUGGAAGAGAGGGCACAUCUGUCAGACCUGGUGGCCACAAGAGGCAACCGCAUGGGUCUGUUGCUAGCUUGUGGCAUGGUUGCUGGACAACAGAUCUCUGGUGUCAACGCUACAGAGGUGCGCAUAUCUAUGGAAGAAAAGGCUCAUCUGUCAGACCUGGUGGCCACAAGAGGCAACCGCAUGGGUCUGUUGCUAGCUUGUGGCAUGGUUGCUGGACACAGAUCUCUGGUGUCAACGCUGUCUUGUUCUAGCUUGAAUAUCUCCAUUAAUGCUUGGUUAUGUCCAGACAGAGGUGCGCAGAUCUAUGGAAGAACAGAGGUGCGCAGAUCUAUGGAAGAAAAGGCUCAUCUAUCAGACCUGGUGGCUACUAGAGGCAACCGCAUGGGUCUGUUGCUAGCCUGUGGUAUGGAUGCUGGACAACAGAUCUCUGGUGUCAACGCUACAGAGGUGCGCAGAUCUAUGGAAGAGAGGGCACAUCUGUCAGACCUGGUGGCCACAAGAGGCAACCGCAUGGGUCUGUUGCUAGCCUGUGGCAUGGUUGCUGGACAACAGAUCUCUGGUGUCAACGCUGUGCUGUUCUAUGGUCAGAGUAUCUUCAUCAUGGCUGGCACCUCUUUCUCCUCUAGUGUCUCUACUCUUAUCCUUGGUAUCAUGCUGUUUGUUGCUGGAGGUUUUGCCAUACCAUUCUCUCGUUAUUUUGGAAUGAAAAAAAUGUUUAUCUUUUCUGCUGUUGGAAUGGCAAUUUUCCAGGCAAUACUGGGAGUAUACUUCUACUUGAUGAGUUCAAGCCACGAUAUGUCGGCUUACGGAUAUGUACCAGUUACGAGUUUGGUGCUUUUUAUUUUUUGCUACACAAUGGGGUUCGGCCCACUGCCCUGGGCGGUGAUGGCGGAAGUGUUUCCCUCCAAUGUGAAGGCUCUCGCGGCUGCGAUAACGGCCUCCUUCUGUUGGCUGCUUGGCUUUGUCAUCACCAAGUUCUUCAACAGUGUCUCUGACCAUCUGGGUGCACACUUCGCAUUCUUCAUCUUCUCAGCCUGCUGUGUGGCAGCACUGCUGUUCACAAUCUUCGUCCUACCAGACACUCGAGGUCUUACACUCCAGGAGAUCUUGGAUCUGCUCAACAAAACACCCUUGGUCAGCUCGCAACAGAAACAUGUCGAGGACCAAGCAGAAACUGUCUCUUGAAUAAAGUAUACACUAAUUAAAAGUUUAGAUU